UUCUGCCGGCGGGAGGGGGGGUCCCAGCCCCGGCGGCCGGCCGCUCCGCCCCUGCCGCCUCCGCGGCCCAGUCGGCACCGGCGAGGCCGUGCGGGAGCCCGGGCCGCAGCCGCAACCGCAGCGGGGCAGACAUGACGACAGCUCCCCAGGAGCCCCCAGCCCAGCCCCUCCAGGCGGGCAGUGGAACUGGCCCAGCCCCUGGGCGCGCCAUGCGCAGCACCACGCUCCUGGCCCUGCUGGCGCUGGUCUUGCUCUACUUGGUGUCUGGUGCCCUGGUGUUCCGGGCCCUGGAGCAGCCCCACGAGCAACAGGCCCAGAGGGAGCUGGGGGAGGUCCGAGAGAAGUUCCUGAGGGCCCAUCCGUGUGUGAGCGACCAGGAGCUGGGCCUCCUCAUCAAGAAACUGGAAAUAUCUCAGAAAAUCUGGGGUGAAGGUGGCUGUAACAUGGGGUGCCAAAUUGGAGUCCCAGGAGAAGACUGGGGGCGGAAGGUCGGGACCAGUUUGAAAAAAAGGGCUCAAGGCCAGGCGCGGUGGCUCACGCCUGUAAUCCCAGCACUUUGGGAGGCCAAGGAGGUGGCUGAUGCCCUGGGAGGGGGUGCAGACCCAGAAACCAACUCGACCAGUAACAGCAGCCACUCAGCCUGGGACCUGGGCAGCGCCUUCUUUUUCUCGGGGACCAUCAUCACCACCAUCGGCUAUGGCAAUGUGGCCCUGCGCACAGAUGCUGGGCGCCUCUUCUGCAUCUUUUAUGCGCUGGUGGGGAUUCCGCUGUUUGGGAUCCUACUGGCAGGGGUUGGGGACCGGCUGGGCUCCUCCCUGCGCCGUGGCAUCGGUCACAUUGAAGCCAUCUUCCUGAAGUGGCACGUGCCACCGGAGCUAGUGCGAGUGCUGUCGGCGAUGCUCUUCCUGCUGAUCGGCUGCCUGCUCUUUGUCCUCACACCCACGUUCGUGUUCUGCUAUAUGGAAGACUGGAGCAAGCUGGAGGCCAUCUACUUUGUCAUAGUGACGCUUACCACCGUGGGCUUUGGCGACUAUGUGGCCGGCGCGGACCCCAGGCAGGACUCUCCAGCCUACCAGCCACUGGUGUGGUUCUGGAUCCUGCUCGGCCUGGCUUACUUCGCCUCAGUGCUCACCACCAUCGGGAACUGGCUGCGAGUAGUGUCCCGCCGCACUCGGGCAGAGAUGGGUGGCCUCACGGCGCAGGCUGCCAGCUGGACUGGCACGGUGACGGCGCGUGUGACCCAGCGAGCUGGGCCCGCAGCCCCUCCGCUGGAGAAGGAGCGGCCACUGCUGCCUCCACCGCCCUGUCCAGCGCAGCCGCUGGUCAGGCCCCGAUCCCCUUCGCCCCCAGAGAAGGCUCAGCCCCCUUCGCCGCCCACAGCCUCGGCCCUGGAUUAUCCCAGCGAGAACCUGGCCUUCAUCGAUGAGUCCUCGGACACUCAGAGCGAGCGCGGCUGCCCCCUGCCCCGCGCGCCUCGGGGUCGCCGCCGCCCCAAUCCCCCCAGGAAGCCCGUGCGGCCCCGUGGCCCCGGGCGUCCCCGAGACAAAGACGUGCCGGUGUAGGGGCAGGAUCCCCGGCCCGGGCCUCGCAAGGGCUUCGUUCCUGCUCCCCGGCAUGCUUGGCUUGUUUGACCAAAGAGCUCUCUUUCCAUGGGACUCAAGCCUGGGGAAGGGGCGACGUUUGCCUUUCUGCCGCCCCCCGGGCCCGGCCCUUUCCUCACUUCCAUCCAUCUCCAGAUCCCCCAAGGCUUUCUGUGUCGCUGCCCUGGGCGGGCAUGUCCCUCACAGCACCUCACGACUGUGCCUCAAAGCCUGCAUCAAUAAAUGAAAACGGUCUGCA